UGAAUGUUUUUUAUAGAUUAAAUGUGUGUUGGACAUUCUUUACUAACAUGGCUAUGUGUACCAAAUGUUAAAUUCUUAAUCAGCUGCAUUUGGAGAGUAAAGAAUUAAGAAAAAGGAGUGCAGAUCUCACAGAUACUAGGGAAUCAGGCACGAGGAAACAUGUCUGGAAAACCCAAGCUGCACUACUUCAAUGGACGAGGCCGGAUGGAACCAAUUCGGUGGCUCCUGGCAGCAGCUGGGGUUGAGUUUGAAGAAUCUUACCUGGAAAAAAAGGAGGAUCUGACCAAGUUACAGAAGGAUGGAUCCCUGCUCUUUCAGCAAGUGCCAAUGGUAGAGAUCGACGGGAUGAAGCUGGUGCAGACCAGAGCCAUUGCCAACUACAUAGCAACCAAGUACAACCUCUACGGGAAGGACGUGAAGGAGAGAGCCCUAAUCGAUAUGUACGUGGAAGGAAUGUUCGAUCUCAAUGAGUUACUCAUGGCAUAUGGCUACCAACCAGCAGACAAAAAAGAGCAACAUUUUGCAAAUAUGAUGGACAAGGCUGAAAACAGAUACUUCCCAGCCUUUGAGAAGGUUUUGAAAGACCAUGGCAAAGACUUUCUGGUUGGCAACCAGCUGAGCAGGGCAGAUGUUCAAUUACUUGAAAUCAUUUUAAUGGCAGAGGAGUGCAAACCUGAUACACUUGCAAAAUUUCCUCUCUUGCAGAGCUUCAAAGCAAGAAUAAGCAAUAUCCCCACAAUUAAGAAAUUCCUGCAGCCUGGCAGCCAGAGGAAACCACUAAUACGAGAGGAAGAGGUACCUAAAGUGAUCAAAAUUUUCUACUGAGUCUAAAGCUGAAGAAACUAUUUCAUUGUGUUUGCUGACAGCGGGAAAUGAUGAAACUACGGAAAAACAUUUUUUUUUUUUAUCCUACCAGCAAAGGAAAUAGUUCACUAAUCAGGGGGUGUAUUGGACAACACAGAAUGCCUUAAAUAACUAAAGAGAAUACCCAAAAUAAAUUCUUACUAUUGUUACUCAAAACCCAGCUGGUCAUUGAUUUCUUGCUGCUACUUCUAUGCCUAAGAUCUGUCUGGUGCUAUUUUCCUGGUAUUCCGAAGAAUUGUUGGAAAAUUAGGCAUGAUUAUUCCAAAGAGUAGGUUUUUGUCACAGUAGAGCUAGUCUGCAGCUGGACAGAUAAAUCUGGCUAUAAUAUGAAACCUAACUUGGCUCUUCUAGUUCAAUAAACAACUGCCUAGGUGAACAGUGAGAUUUGAACUCAAAGAGAGCACCUAAUCCCUUUCAACCAUACAUGCAGAGACAUUGCUGGUCCAGGUACUGGGCAGUGUUAAGACCCAGACCAGCCAGCACUUGAGACCCGGUAGUUUUGAGAUGCCUGUAUAAGAAACUCUGGACAAUAAAACACGCUGUUUGUUGCGGAUUUCUCUGUGAGACCAUGUUGUUUCUGCCUCCAACCAACCACCCACAACAUAAGAGGCCAUGUAUUUUUUCUCUUGGAAAUUCAUAGAAAAGCCUGCAGGUUCUGGCUAGCUGAGGCUGGAAGGUUUGGGUUCAGCUUUCCUCUGAGCUUAAUAUGGAAUAUGCCUGGACCAGAGCUCCUACUGCACCUCUGCUUUGUCACUAGACACUUAAACUCUUGUACUGCAGCUUCACCAAUGUUCCCUUUAUCAGAAGGUCUGUUGCAGCAGCUAAAAGCCCUCUGCAGACUCUGAGAAACAAAUGCUGGUCACCAGUUUAAAACUUGUUGAGGAACAAGGAGUCAGGAUGUUGCUAGGUCGUAGUGAGACCCGUGAAUGUAGGAAUCCAUGUUGACUUACAUCACUUUAUAUUAAACCAAAUUUUAUACAAA